AGGCAAAAUAUGUGAAAGAAUCGUUCAUUUAGACAGCUCAGCUCCACUGAUCGGCUCGUGCUUAUUUAUUUAUUUUUUACUUUCUCUCUUACUCUCUCUCAGUGUGAUAUAUAUAAGUGGAGACGACGCCGAAGGGAACUUGCUGAAAGGCUCUCUACCUCCUCUUUAAACCGCCAUCAUCGUUGACGAAUUCAGGUCUUACGAAUCGAUUUGUCUUCCACUCUCUCUCUCUUCGUGGAUUCCCAGAUUGUUUCACGGAUUGCGUAACUGUCGUUUUGAUUAUUUGGUUUAAUUCCUUGGUCUGAUUUGGUUUUGUGUUUAUGGUCUCCGGUUUAAUGAUCCACGUGGCUCACAAUAAGUUGUUACAGGACUCUCUAUAUAUAUAUAUACACAUGGCGCUCUUGUCUAAGGCAGGAGGAGUAGGAGGAGGAGCAUACACUGUUCCUUCUGCUGGACCUCUAUGCUCAAAGACUAGAAGAACGAAAGCAGGUUCUGGUGGUGUGGAUGUGUUGAGGAUGAAAGAUAGCUCCUACUACUACUACUGCUCUAGGAGGAGUCUUUCUACCAAAUCAUCGGUGCUGAACCAUUCUGUUAGUAAGAGAGGGAAUCAGUUGAUAGUUGCGGCUAGCCCUCCUCCUACGGAUGAGGCUGUUGUUGCAACUGAGCCGCUGAGCAGAGAGGAUCUCAUUGCCUAUCUUGCCUCUGGUUGCAAAUCAAAGGAUAAAUGGAGAAUAGGUACAGAACAUGAGAAGUUUGGAUUUGAGGUUAAUACUCUGCGCCCUAUGAAGUAUGAUCAGAUAGCUGAGCUGCUUAACAGUAUCGCUGAAAGGUUUGAGUGGGAGAAAGUUAUGGAAGGUGACAAGAUCAUUGGUCUCAAACAGGUAAAAAUAUCUCUCCCUGUGCCUAGUAUUUCACUUGAGCCUGGUGGUCAAUUUGAGCUUAGUGGUGCUCCUCUUGAGACUCUGCAUCAAACGUGUGCUGAAGUCAAUUCACACCUUUAUCAGGUUAAAGCUGUGGCAGAGGAAAUGGGAAUUGGUUUCUUGGGAAUCGGUUUCCAGCCCAAAUGGCGUAGGGAGGAUAUCCCCAUCAUGCCAAAGGGGAGGUACGACAUUAUGAGAAACUACAUGCCCAAAGUUGGUUCCCUUGGACUUGAUAUGAUGCUUCGAACGUGUACUGUUCAGGUUAAUUUGGAUUUUAGCUCAGAAGCUGAUAUGAUCAGGAAGUUUCGUGCUGGUCUUGCGUUGCAACCUAUAGCAACGGCUUUAUUUGCAAAUUCACCUUUUACCGAAGGAAAACCAAACGGAUUUCUCAGCAUGAGAAGCCACAUAUGGACAGACACUGACAAGGACCGCACAGGAAUGCUACCCUUUGUUUUCGAUGACUCUUUCGGGUUUGAGCAGUAUGUUGACUACGCACUUGAUGUCCCUAUGUACUUUGCCUACAGAAACAAGAAAUACGUCGACUGCACUGGAAUGACAUUUCGGCAAUUUUUGGCUGGAAAGCUUCCUUGUCUCCCUGGUGAACUACCAACAUAUAAUGAUUGGGAAAAUCAUCUGACAACAAUAUUCCCAGAGGUUCGGUUGAAGAGAUAUUUGGAGAUGAGAGGUGCUGAUGGAGGUCCCUGGAGGAGACUGUGCGCCCUUCCUGCUUUCUGGGUGGGUUUGUUAUAUGAUGAGGACGUUCUCCAAUCUGUAUUGGAUAUGAUUGCUGACUGGACUCCUGUAGAAAGAGAGAUGCUAAGGAACAAAGUUCCGGUAACUGGUUUAAAGACUCCGUUUAGAGAUGGUUUGUUGAAGCAUGUCGCUGAAGAUGUCCUGAAACUCGCAAAGGAUGGUUUAGAGCGUAGAGGCUACAAGGAAGCUGGUUUCUUGAACGCUGUCGCUGAAGUGGUCAGAACAGGAGUUACGCCGGCAGAGAAUCUCUUGGAAAUGUACAAUGGAGAAUGGGGACAAAGCGUAGAUCCUGUGUUCCAAGAACUGCUGUACUAAGGACUGGACUUCAAGGUGUGAGUUUUAUGCUAUCCGAAGAACUGGAGUCUCAGGAAUUAAGUGUUUUUUUUUAAUUUGUUGUAGACGGAUUUGAAAACUGAUUUUGUUUUUAAAAGAUUCGAAGCAUUGAAAGAUCAGAAGAAAAUUAUCUGUUAUAAUUAUCAGAAUGUUGAUUAGUAUACUAGUUGAUCUUAUUUUAUCAGAAUCUGACCCACAAAUCUAUUCAACUCAAA